AUUCCUCAACCGAAAGUACAUUAAAGAAGUACAGAUUAUUAUUAAUAUUAAUAAACCUCGGAAAGUUGUAAAGUUAUGUGUUAAGUGAACGAAUAAAUUACCGUCUGAUCUGAAAAUGUGAAAUAGGACUCCUUGAAAAUAAUUUUAUCGAGCAGUUUUAGUGAGAUAGCUUUUGAAACAAAUUUUUAUUUUUGAUAAACUUCCAACAUGAAUAAGUUCUCAUCAUUCAUCGAACUCUUGGUUAAGCAAACCUGUCGUAGAGCUUCACAUGAAUUUGAAAUGGGAUCCAAGCAUUCUUCAGCUCCUCUUCCAAUUAUAUCUGAACAUGAUGCUACAGGAAUAUAUUCCCUGCAGUUUCUGAAAUCAUUACAUGACAAACCAAAAGAUAAUAUUUACAAAUUGUUGAAGUCUCCAGAUGAUCUGAAUAGUAAACAGUCACCUAAUGGCUUGAACUGGCUAAACAGUAGUGAGUUCUCUGACAUUGAAAGAAAAACGCUGUUGGAAUUCCUGAAGAAAGUGAAAAACAUGUCUCCAUCAAAAGCACAAAAUUGGAUUGAUUUACAUCAUUAUAUGCAUUAUACUUACAGGAACUUUGUCAAUCCAAAUCCGGAUCCUUCAGCAGAGAAACUUUCACCUUUUUUUAAUGCAGAAAUGAAGGAAUUAGUCAGAAGUUUAUUGGAAGAAGACGAGAGUCAACUCUAUCUAAGAGUACUGGCAUUACUUAGAGAAUACUGCAUAUUCGCUCAGUGGAACUACAGCAAAUGUGAUAAGGAUCAUGCAAUCACUAGACUCUUUUAUUAUUACGAAGCCAUGCUAUCAGCGGCGAAAAACCUGAGUUCUGUAUUCGCUGAUCUGGAAGUGAUAAUUUAUAAGACCUAUUCAGUGUGUUGGAUCGACUUUAAUACUUGUGUGUUCAUCAGAUACUUCUUCGAAACCGACUUUGUGCAGAAGAAGAUAUAUCAUUGUUUAGAGACCAAAAUGAGUCCAGGCGACACUCCGCCGAUGUUUGGUCUACUUGAGGAUUUGAAAAAUUUAUGGAUCAAGGAACAAAAACGUAUUAGGAAAAUCAAUGACGAUCACAGUUUAGUAGAAGGUACAGUUCCAUACUAUAUCGAGGAAGCCAUGAUAGGAAACCAUAAAAAAGUGCUCACCAGCAAUUUUUGGAUGGAACGUUCACAAAAAGAGAAAGAUGAUUUAGAUUUAAGGAGGUUAGACCAUCACUUCUUUCGAUUACUAAGUGACCCAUUUUUCCAUCCAGCUGGACCAAUUCUGGAUCGGAACGGCCAGUGUAUAUGCGAGGAAUGUUUGAUAUCGAAAUACGAAUGCAUGUUGGAGGCUGACAAAGAUCAGGUCAACGAGGAGUUUCUGAGGAAUGUCAAUCGUGUGUUGUACUGCCGAAGGUGUCAAAGCCUUGUCGAUCUGGAGUCGUUUCAUCAACAUAUUAAUAGUCAUGCAGUGGCAGAAAUGGAGACGACCAAACCGCCAGACCGAACCCCGCUCAACCACCUGCCCACCGAAAAACACCCUGUAGAACUCGACCCCGACCUGCUCUCCACCGAGGAAACCGACAAAGACGACAGGCGAUCGACGUCCGAGGCGAGGAGGACCACCUGCGACAUCCACUUCACCAGGCCCGAGCACGACUUGGAGGAACUCAACUGCACCAAGCUGAUCUUCGAGGAAUUCCUCAAACACAAGAGCGCGUGCCUGAAGAACGAGCAGAUGGUCGACAAGAACGCGAGGAACUUCAUCAAGAUCAAGAAGGACAUCUUCAAGCAGGCGAACGGAAGCGAGGCUGUGGCGAAACGACCGCUGACCGCCAUACCGAAAAAAUACGAACGAGAGAAUGAGAAAGUCGGACUGAAGAAUGGAAUGCCCCCCGAAAAGUCUCAACUAUCCACAUUGGCGAAACAAAAUUGUGAUGAUGAGCACGAGGUUGAAGAAGCAACAAACGUCUGUCAAAGUCGUGUGGGCACCUGUGAGCAUCACAAAGAAUCUCAGAAGUGUGAUUGUACCUAUUGUGAAGUAUUCGGAACAUCCGCCAUGACGCAUACCCAUCAGAAUAACGAACUGAGGGAUCGACUGAGGAUACGUCUGCAUCAGAGGCGCGACAAGAGGACCAAGGAAACGUGUAAGAAUACCAUGGUGAACGGCAACAUCACAGGGACAAAUCCAGCUAAAGUCAAAACUGCCAUCAGUAAGGUGGAGGAGAGGGUGCCAUUGCCAUCUUCCCCGACCAACAUCCCCCCCGCGCCGUCCGUCAAGUCGUCGGAUUCUUCUUUGGCGACGACCUCGGGCCAAGACGACAUCCACGGCCUGGUCAACUACAUCGAGGGCCACACGGGAAUGGACAAGGUCGAGCUGGCGCAGAAGAAGGCGGCCAAGAAGGCCCGGCAGCGGAUGAAGAAGGAGGAAGAGAGGAUAAAAGCUGAAGAAGAACAAAAGAGGUUAGCAGAAGAACAGAGGAGAAAAGAGGCCGAGAAGAAGAAGGAACAGGCUAGAAAGUUAGCUGAAAUUGAGAAGUCUAAAGCUGCUGCGGAAGCUGCAGCUGCUAAAGCUUUGAAAGAGCUGAAGAAAAAGUCGAAGAAAGAAAGGCAAGCUGAGAAGCGCCGGAUGGCCCAAAACCCACACAACCCCACAACGACGGAGAAGAACAAGAGCAAUGUGAUCGAAGAAACCAUCCCAGCGAUGGUGACCAUCAAGAGAGUGGCCGAAACUGGAAGCGGCACGCCUACGGUCACCAUAACUCUCAAAGGUUCCACUCCCGAUCAAGACAAGCUGCUCUACACCCUCGUCAAUGGCUCCGAUGACACGAAUAUUGAAGAGACGAAGUGUAAAGAUUCUACGAAUAAUAAUAACAGUAGUGGCAAAAAGAAAAAGAAGCAGAAAAAGCAGGAACAGACGAAACCUCCGCAACCCGCCGCUAUCGUAAAAAAAGAGAUGACAGUCACUGUAGAGCUCGACCCGAAUAGAAGCAAUCAUGAAUCAAAGCUGUCUGUGAAGCCUAUGACAAAGAAUGUGAUCGAAAAGAAGAAGGCUGCUAAUAAGCAGCAGAAAGAGAACAAAAAGACUGUUGGUGCAGAUGACCUACCUAUUCCUAUGCUCCGUUUACCUCCAGGUAUUACAAUAACGAAAGUGGAAGGACCUGUUCCGAACCGCAACUACCAGGUAGGCAACGUGGAAGACCGCAAGGGCUCGACGAUAAACGUGGACAAAUCGGGGGUGAUCGUCGUCGACACGGAGAAACUCAUUCACAACAACCAGGCCGACGGCGGCCAAGCAAAGUCGAGCAAAACCGGCAAGAAGAACAAGAAGAAGAAGAACAAAAAACCGGCCGAGGUGCCGGCUGAGACUGCGCAGGACGGCAAGAAGAUGAUCACUCUGAAGAACCCCAUAUUCCAGGAGCUCGAGGCUGCAGCGGUCGCUGGCGAACGGCGGCGCAGGCGCAGCGAACCAGAUGCCGCUGAUGCCCGUCGCGAAUCUGAUGCCCAAGACGAACCAGGGUCCUCUAAGUCCUUCUGGAAAUGGUCAGGACUGGACCAAUGUGUUAUGUUUAACGACGUAAAAUCCACUGAAAUGCUAUUUGUAAGGGUGGUCAACACAAAGUAUAACUCUAUGAAUAACGAUAAUAGCAAUAUUUCACUCUAA